UCCUGCACGAAGUUUGUCGUCUCCAUCAUCUGUUCCCGUGUGCGUGUUGAGCUCCUACACUUUUUCCCCCAGAGCUAUUACAUCUAUGAAUGAAUCUGGAGUCUUUUUAUCCGCCGGGUGUGCCACCUGCCGGUGCGUCACGGCCGUCUCUGGACCAAUCGUGACGCACUGAUUCUUCGUGCGCCCUUGAAGAAGAUCCCGCGGUGCUCCUCACACAUCACCGUCCAAUCUGCGGCUCGGUGACGGUAGAGAAGAGCGAGCCUCUUUAGUAGAUCUGUGCCGUUUUAGCGCUUCAGAUUCAGAUGUGACUAGAUUGGACUGCCGGAGCUGCUGUGCCAAAAACAUGGACCCGUGACAAGUUUGGCUGGAUUGCCAUUUCCACAUCUACUUGUACUGCUUUUGACUCUACUAUUGAAUGUUAUGAGACGCCAUGAUCCGGCCAGAGGAGGAUAAUCGCACACCCCCAGUAGACAGCAUGGACACCAUCGCUGAAAGGUGACCUCCAGACACCUCACCUCCCCAAAACAUUUGAAUAUGCCAGGACAUAACAAUGAGCUCCAACAGCACAGACCCUGGUCUCUUCCUGACUGCAAACACCUCACUACCAGCAGCCGGAGCCUACCCACCAUCCAAUGCUCUCCACCAAGGAGGAAGUAGAGAAACCCCCUGGCUUUUUCAUGUGAAUACCCUGGAUUAUAAUUCCUCUUCCACCAGCAAAUUCUCAAACCUCACCUCAGAACCCCAAGAUGGGAACAUAACUGCACCCCUCGAUCCCUUGGGUGGCCACCCUUUGUGGCAGGUUUUCAUCAUUGUCUUGCUGACAGGCAUGCUGUCACUGGUCACCAUCAUCGGCAACAUCCUGGUGGUGGUAUCCUUCAAGGUUAAUCGCCAGCUAAAGACAGUCAAUAACUACUUCCUGCUGAGCUUGGCUGUGGCGGACCUCAUCAUAGGGGUCAUCUCCAUGAACCUCUACACAGCUUAUCUUGUGAUGGGCUACUGGGCCAUGGGCAGCUGGGCCUGCGACAUGUGGCUGGCUGUAGACUAUGUGGCCAGCAAUGCAUCAGUUAUGAACUUACUGGUCAUCAGCUUUGACCGCUACUUUUCUAUCACCAGGCCUUUGACCUACCGGGCCAAACGGACCACAAAGCGAGCUGGGAUCAUGAUCGGCCUAGCCUGGUUUGUUUCUCUUGUUCUGUGGGCCCCCGCCAUCCUACUAUGGCAGUAUUUUGAGGGUCAAAGGACAGUACCCUCAGAUGAGUGCUAUAUUCAGUUCCUCACAGAGCCCACUAUAACCUUCUGCACAGCCGUGGCGGCUUUCUACCUGCCUGUGACGAUAAUGAGUGUUCUCUACUGGCGCAUUUACCAGGAGACCCAGAACCGUUCGAAGGAGCUAGUUGGGUUGCAGGGUUCAGGGAGUCGUGGUGGGAUAGGGGGAAGAGGUGGUAAUGGCGGAGGCGAGAAAGCCCGUUUUGUCCAUCAGACAGGAAGUUCUAAAAGUUGCAGCAGCUAUGAGCUGACCAGGUUGUCCCGGAGGAGGAGCACAUGUCGGGAGCUGGUUGGCCGCUUCCACUGCUGGCCUGGGGUUCGUUCUUGGAGACCUGGUAGUAUCCGGCAGGGGGAGGGUGAUCCAGACCAGAGCAGCAGCGACAGCUGGAACAACAACGAUGCUGCAAUCUCGUUGGACCACUCUGGGUCUUCAGAGGAUGAGGACUGUGGGGGCAAAGAGACGAGUCAUGCUAUUUUCUCCAUUGUUCUCAGCCUGCCUGGUAUAAAGGCUGCUGUCAACUCCCAACUCACCUCAUGUGAGGAUCUAGAUGCAGCCACUGAGGAGGAUCCCCUCAAGGGAGCAGAGUAUAACCGAGACAGCCUCUCCCCAGCCACCACUGACACCACUGCCGCCACUACUCCCGUUGGAGAAAUCGGUUCCGAAAAUAGCUACCAUCAACGCUUCUGCUCACGCAAGAUUCAAUCAAUGCCUACCAUCCAGGCGACCUCUAACCAAGACUCGGAUGGUCCUCCAACAACUACUACCACAGCCGCCGACAAUACUACCACCAGCACCACCACCAAAUCCCCCUCUGUCCCAUUGUCCUUCAAAGAUGCAGCUCUGGCGAAGCGUUUUGCAGCCCGAGCCCGGACUCAGAUCACAAAGAGGAAGCGCAUGUCCUUAGUGAAAGAGAAGAAGGCGGCUCAAACUCUCAGUGCCAUCCUCUUUGCAUUCAUCAUCACAUGGACACCUUACAACAUCAUGGUGCUGAUCAAUACCUUCUGUAAUGUUUGCAUCCCGGAGACCCUGUGGGCAGUAGGGUACUGGCUGUGCUACGUCAACAGCACCGUCAACCCUAUGUGCUACGCCCUGUGCAACAAGACUUUCCGUACAACCUUUAAGAUGAUACUGCUGUGCCGCUGGGACCAGAAAAAAAGGAGGAAGCAGCAGUUCCAGCAGAGGCAGUCGGUGGUAUUCCACAGGAGGAUUCCCAGAGAGUCCACGUAAAGGACAGGAAGUUCAGAUGUUUGAAAAAUUUAACAUAGGAUAAGGAAAAGAAAGAAGCAUCCAUGUAGUUGUUUCUGUGGAGUUCCUUUGCUUAGAGAUCCUUAAUGUGUUUCUCUGCUGGUAUGUCAAGCACAGCAAUCCUGCGUGGUGGUCUUGAGGUAUGUGUUUGUAUCGGUGCAUCCAUUUAGCAAAGCUGUGUGUGUGCGUAAAGGGUUGUGUAAGGUGAGGUACAGAGAUGAAAACUUUCCCUCUGUCCUUGAAGAACUCUUACAGUAGAAAAAGGGCUUUUAAAUGCAUUGCAAGAGAUUUUUUGAAGUGCAAUUGACACAAGGGGAAAGGAUAUCUUUGUCACGGGGGUUGGGGAUUCACAUUUCUUAUCAUUUCUCUCUGUGGGUAGCUAGAUGUGUAACGUGCAGAGUGGUUUUGCAUUACAAACAAAACUAUGUAUCUGUAAUACGUCACUGAAAGCCAAUACAAAAACUAUUUUGUGCUCACAGGCUUCUACAUUGUACUGAUUUGACCGGUCAUCCUCUUGACGUGUGUUUUUAUCAGAACUUCUGUACAUUGCCUUUAUACAUGGAUAUAGCUUUCCUGUGUCUGAUGGAAUAUAAAAACGUUCUUGAAUUGUGUCCUUACUCUGUCAGCAGAGAUCUUGUUAUUUUUGUGAUAUUCAUUUUUUUGGUUUUCUAGAUAUUCCUGAGAUUUUGAGCCAGUCUGAAAAUGAUUCUUCUGAUGAUCUGAGUUGUGAAUAUUUUGUGUGGCACCACAGUCAGUGAACUGCUGUUGUGUUCAAUGUGAUUGUUGUGGUUUUUAUGGUGGAGACAGUAAGUACAUUGGUUGUGUUUUAUGUACUUGCAGUUCUCUGUCAAGAGUAAUGAUUAUACAUUGAUGAUAUUCUGUUUGUGUAUAUUUGGAUAUUUCUGACUUGAUACACGAUGAUUGAUUGCACACAAAAAGAUGUCCAUUUAUAAAGAUGUGUGUUUUGAUUUUACACUACCUUUUAGAUUUCUACAAAAUGAUACAUCUAAGGAGCUCUUUGUAAAAGGCCGCACAUCUUUGAUAUAGUAGAGCAAUGGCAGCCUCCAGUGGCUUGAGAAAGAACUGUUGUUCAGGCUGUAUUUAUGUCAGUCCAACUUCUAUAAUGCAGUGUCAAAAUCCCAUUCUAACAAUAUGAAGAAGACCAAAAAAAAAUGGCAAUUUCUAUCAUAAUUGUGCAACAAUUUCUCAUUCUUUAAGCCUGUUUAAUCUUGUGAAUUGGCUUAUAGUUAUUCAAUUUAAUUUUGAUUUUAAAUAAAAAAAACUAUUUGGCAUUUAAAAGUGAAUGGCCACAAUCAUUGAAGUUACAAUAUUAAAAUUUUCUGUCAUAACCUGAUUUUUUUUUUUCGUUUGCUUUCAUAUGAUUUAUGGUUGAAGUUUUUCUUUAUUAAUAAUGUCAUCAGGUACAGAAAGUGGCCAAACACCACAGACCAACAAAAGUCAGCAUAAAAAGAAGGACUUAUUUAAGUUUUUUAUUUGUAUUGCACAUUAUGUUAUUCUUAUCUGAAGUAGAUGUUUUUUACAUUGUUGCUGCACAUUGUGCAAAAGGUAUUGAAGGCAAAGGAUUAACUGUAUUAUGACAACUGGCAUACUGAAGAUAGAUUUGAUUAUGUCGGAUGCAAAGGUAUGACUUAGUAUGUGCUGUAUGCAAAAGAGAUGUUAAAUAGUAUCUCAUGCCUGUCAGUGGGUAUUUGUUUGCUUUCAACGCAAUGUGCUCCAGUGUCAUGAUACAUUCUUCAUCAAAAUAUGAGAUUUUUGUACUUAAAUAUUGGGAAUGUAAACUACCAAAAUGGUGAACACAAACAUUUUGUUACAUUUCAAGUAUGCCGAUCAUACUCAUAUUUUAAGUCAAUAAAAAAACAAAAAACUUUUUGACAGAAA